AUGAAAACCGCCGUUAUUUUUGUCAUCACGUGCGUGCUUCUGGACACGACUUCUGCUGGAGGCGGAGCCGGAGUGUCACCUUUUUUGGGAGCUGCAGGAAGCGGCUUCAAUGGACAGGGCGCCGCAUUGAGCCCCGCUCAAGCAGCCAAUCUGGUGUCAGCACUGGGUGGUGGUGGUUUGAACACUGCCCUGGGAGGAGCUGGUCUUCUUGGUCCAGGAGGCCAGCUGUUAGCAGCACCGAAUGGACAGGGUGUGUCCGUUCCUGCACCAGUGGCCACGCCAAUCGCUUCCGUUACAUUCCUGAAACAACCCGUCGUAAACCUGCGGUAUGUGACAAAGCCCGUCAUAAAGUAUGUCAAGCACCCAGUGGCCACUGUUCAUCACGCAAUUAGGCCUGUUGUCCGCGUAGGCCAAGCAGCCGGCGGAAUCAGCCUUAACGGACACGGCCUUGCUGGCUUCACUUCAGCGCUUGGUGGUAAUGGCGCGGCAGCACUCAAUGGCCUCAACGGUGUCAAAGUGAAUGCGCUGAAAACACAGGUGCACGCCGCUGGUGCCAAUGCGUUGGCUGGACCAGCUAAAGUUGGUGGUGUUGGUCUGCUCGAGGGUCCUGGAUUUAUCGGCCCGGGACUUCACGGGCACGCUCUUCUGGGUCCCGGUGCGGGUCGUCAUGUUUUAGAGGGGCAUGCGGGACUAGAGCUGGGAGGACCCGGACUUGGAACCCUAGGGCUACAUCACUUUGCAGUGCACAACUUGGGCUUACACGGUCUCGGUGGUCCCGGAUUCGGAGCACCCAUGCUCACAGGUCUCGGUGGACCAGGACUUGUAGGUAUCGGUGUACGUCACCCUGCUCUAAUUGGCACUGGGCUGGGUGGCUUUGGUUACAAAGGUGGACCUGUGUUUAAGAACGGCCUCGGAAAUGUUGGUGGAGGUGAUGGUGGUACUACACUUCUUGGUGCUCUUGGCGCAGACGGUGUAGACGGGGCGGUUGCAGCUAUCAGGACGGCGUACAAUUUACCUCCAACUGUAGCGUGCUGCAACUUCAUGUAA